AUGGAACCAGGAUCAGCAAAACGACGAAAGACUGGCCACUCGCGCGGUGAAAGCGCAGUUGGCAACAUCGAUGCGGCUGCUUCCUCCGGUCUCUCCCGUGGCCGCGCAUUCAUCCUCGAAGCCGAAGAACUCCUCGACGAAGUGAAGCUCGACUAUGCGACCGCCCUCGAAGGUGUCGAUUCUCUCCUCCACAAGAUCAAGGGCUCCAUCGAAGCCAUCGAAACACACGACGCGCUCCAGAUCGCCGAGGCCGCCACCAAACUCGAAAAGAAACACAAGAUCCAGAUCCCGUUCCCCGAACCGCGUCCAUCCAAAGAGUCCAACUACAAGGUCGCCUUCGCAAAGCCUUCCCAGUUCAAUGUUGUCGGCAGCUAUGUGUCCAAGACCAUGAUCAAGGCCCAGAAGAGCCAUGCUGUGGAUAUGGUGGUCGUUAUGCCCGGAGAGACUCUGCAAGAGAAGGACUAUCUCGACCUGCGAUACUUUUACAAGAGAGCCUACUUCCUCGGUGUGGUUGCCGCUUCUCUACAAAAGCACUUGGCUGAGGAUGGAGAGCUUUCAUACGAAUAUCUGAACGGGAACCCUCUGUCCCCGAUUCUGUCGUUGAAACCAAAGGUCGAAGGAGAAAAGAAGGAGGGCCGACUGGACUACAGAGUGCGCAUCAUCCCUUGCGCCCCCGACAACUUCUUCCCCAAAUCCAAGCUUCAUCUGGGUGCUACCCUCGUGCGCAAAGCUGGUGGUGAAGACAAGGCCGCGACCAAGCCUACGCCAUUCUACAACUCGACUGUUAUUUCCGAGUCUUGCUUCUUCCCCUACCUGAAGCUCUUGCGACAAACCGAAAAGAAAUGCGCCGCGUUCAAGAAGGCUUGCAUCCUUGGUCGGGUAUGGUUGCAACAACGAGGACUGGGAAGCGACAUGGCGGAUGGUGGUUUCGGUCACUUUGAAUGGACGGUACUUCUGGCGCUUCUGCUCCAGAGCGGCGACAAUACCAGAGGCCAUGCGCCCUUGUCGACAUCCUUGAGCGCCACCCAGCUGUUCAAGGCCAUGAUCCAGUUCUUGGCUGUUACUAACCUCUCCGAGAAGCCGUGUGUUCUGGGCACUGCCACCGUCGAGACGGAGACCGCUGGUCCGGUUCUGUUCGACGCUGCUCGUGGGUUGAACGUUGCCUUCAAAAUGAGCAACUGGUCCGCCGGUAAGCUACACCAACACGCCAGGUGGACGAGGAACCUUCUCAACGACAGCACUGCCGACCAGUUCACCCCUACCUUCAUUCUCAAGGCCGACCUCCCCUGGCAAAACUACGACCUUAUUGCCCACCUCAAGUACGAUGCAAAGCAGGACAGGACGCAACCGACCGACUGCCGUGGACGGGUAUGGGAGUACAGCGACAAGGCGUACAGGGUGCUCAAGCGGGCUCUUCAGGACGAGGAACUGGGUGAGAGGGCUAGGUCGAUUCACAUUCAACUACCCAAGAGCUCAUCCUGGGAACUCACCAAGAAGCCUUCAACAAAGCAGAACCACACCGUCGAGAUUGGUGUCCUCUUCAACGCCGCCAACAUGACCCGCGCCGUUGACCGUGGUCCGGCUGCUGGACCCAGCAACGAGGAAAAGGAGGAAUGUGCCAAGUUCCAGAGAUUCUGGGGUGAGAAGUCGGAACUUCGUCGUUUCGAGGGUGACUCCAUCAGGGAAACCUUGAUCUGGUCGUCCACCUCCGCCUUUGACCUCUGCGAGGAGAUCAUGCGUUACAUCCUCAAGCUCCAUCUUCGCGUUGGGUACCUCGAGGACGAGCUCACCUUCCACGGCGACGGCUUCACCGAGCUGAUCCCCAUCAAGACGACCGACACCUCCGUCUUCAAUGCCGCUCGCAAGGCCUUUUCCUCCUUCGAGAAGGAUAUCCGCAACCUCGACGACAUGCCGCUGCACGUCAGGCAAAUUGCCCCCAUCUGCCCCGAACUGCGACACGCCUCCGUCAAGGUGCCCUUCUCCACCGUCUCCAAAUCCGGCCCCCGCCCACUUGAAUGCGUCAUCUCCUUCGAAGCCUCGGGCAAGUGGCCCGAAUCCAUCGUCGCCAUCCAACGCACCAAGAUCGCCUUCCUGCGCAUGAUCGGCGAUCUCCUGGAGCGUUCCAAGCCCGGCGAGGUCCGCAGCUACGUCGGUCUCGAGUCCUCCACCACCACCAACACGGAGCUCGAAAAUCUUGCCUACCUCGACAUCGUCUACGAGUCCGGCCCUGCCUUCCGUCUGCGCAUCCACUCCGACCUCGAAGAGGCCCUUCUCACGCGCCAGUCCCACGACAAGACCAUCGACCAACACCACCGCCACCAAGCCUCGGUGCUGCUUUCCAACUUCCGCAGACUCUACUACCACCUCCCCCUGCACACCCAAUCCAUCAACACCUUCGCCACGCGCUUCCCCGCCUUGUCGCCCACCAUCCGUCUCCUGAAGCACUGGUUCUCGUCCCACAAGCUCUCCUCCCAUUUUAGUCCGGAAUUCAUCGAGCUCGUCGCCCUGCAGGUCUUCCUUUGCCCCUAUCCCUGGGACAAACCCUCCUCCCCCUCCGUCGGCCUUCUCCGCGCCCUGCUUUUCCUCAGCAGAUGGGACUGGCGCUCCGAGGCCCUCAUCGUCGACACAAACGGCGACAUGCCCUCUGCCGAACGUUCCGCAAUCUCUACCCGUCUCGAAGCCUGGCGCAAGAUCGAUCCCUUGAUGAACCACACCGUUUUGUUCGUCGCCACUGCGCAAGAAUCUUCCGGUGUAGCCUACACGACCGUUAACGGCGUCGCGCAACCGAGUAAGGUCGUCGCCGCAAGAAUGACGGCCCUUGCCAAGACUGCCUGCCGCGUCAUCCGUGAGGAGGGCGUAGAGUUGGAUGCUAGACGCCUGUUCGUUCCUAGUACGAAGGAAUAUGAUGUCCUUUUCCACCUUUCUUCCAAGGCUCUCAAGUCCGUGGCAGGCGAAGACCCCCUCCCUCUUCCUUUGUCACCAAUCGACACCUUCUUUGAGAAACUCGAGGCCAUCUAUGGCAGCGGUAGCUCUGCUCCCCUCGUUUUCUUCAGAGGAGGCGAGGAUGAGAAGGUUGUUGGAGCUAUUUGGAACCCUACACUUGGAAAGAGGGCGUUUAAGGUUAACUUGGGGACGUCGUAUAAGCCCGUGGGCGCUGCUGGAGUUAGUGGGAAGAAGAGGAAGGGUGGGGAUGAGGAUGGAGAGGAAACUGAGAAUGAGGGAGAAGUGAUGGUGGAAGUCAACAGAGAUGCCAUCUUGAGCGAGAUUGCGAGGAUAGGAGGGGAGGUUUUGGAGAGGGUUGAGGCGCAGAGGGAGUAA